CGUCAACAUUGUACAAAAUUUUUUUUUCAUAACAUGCCAGGUUGGAAACGUCCCGAAAAUGUUGCUUUUCCCUCAGUUUGGCUUAAAUUCAAGGCAAAAGAUGUAAAUUCGGAUAAUUUGGUCGAAUAUCGAGUGCAGGACAUGACAGAAGAGGAUUUUGAAAAAGGAGCUUCCCGUAUGAAGGAAUUUUUUGUGAGAGAUGAGGUCAUGAAUCAAUCGAUGGAUUUGGCAAAUGAUGAAAAAGGUGUUCAAGAAUUGUAUCAGAUUUGGAAAGGAAUGGUUAAACAAAGAUUGUCACUCGCUUGUUUUAAGGAAAAUUCAGAGGAAAUGGUUGGAUGUAAUAUUUUGUACAUUUCUGAGAAGGAUGUUGAAGAUGAUCAAGAACUCACAUCAACAAAAUUCAAAGCAGUUGCUCGAGCAAUCGACUUCGCAAUAUCCAAAGGCCCUAACGUCAAAGAAAUUUACAAUGUCGAAUACCAUUUAGGAGCUUUUGGCUUAUCAGUCGACCCAAAAUAUCGCGGAAGAGGAAUUGCAACGGAAAUUUUGAAGGCUCGUGUGCCUUUAUGCAAAGCUCUUGGCAUUGAAUUAACUUCAAACGUCUUUACAGGAGAAGCAAGUCAAGCUGUAGCAAAAAAGGCAGGUUUUGAAGUAAAUUUCUCCAUGACAUAUGAUGAAUUAGCGCAUUAUGGAUUCGUGUUCGAUAAACCCGUCAAAGCAAAAUCAUUGGCGGUUAUGAGUUUAAAAAUUCAAUAA